AUGCCGCCGCCCAUGGCGCUCUCCGUCUCCGUCUCCUCCUCCGCCGCGGCCUUCGCCCCGCGCCACGGCCUCCCCUCCGCCAGCCCCGCGCCCAGCCGCCUCCUACGCGCCGCCCGCGCGUUCUCGACGGGGUACGCCGCGAGCUUCUACGGGGGCGCGGCGUCCGCGACCCGCACCCGCGGCCGCGACGACGAGGAGGUCGGGGACGAGGACGGGUCGUCCUCCGGUUUCGGCGGGAUGUCGGCCUCGGAGGCGGCGAUGGCGCUGGAGGAGCGCGAGAUGCCGCCCUGCCCUCCGGGCCUCCGCCAGUACGAGACCAUGGUCGUGCUCCGCCCCGACAUGUCCGAGGAGGAGCGCCUCGCCCUCAUCCAGCGCUACGAGGAGCUGCUCGUGGCCGGGGGCGCCAUGUACGUGGAGGUGUUCAACAGAGGGGUCAUCCCGCUGGCUUACAGCAUCAGGAAGAGGAACAGCAGGACCGGGCUGCCCUUCACCUACUACGACGGCAUCUACCUCCUCUGGACCUACUUCACCAAGCCCGAGUCGGUGGACGCGCUGCAGAUGAAGUUCAACGCCGACGACGACGUCAUCCGCUCGACCAGCUUCAAAGUUCGCAAGAGGAGAGUCUACUAG